GUUGUGUUUCUGGUUUCAAUUUUCCGUAAAUAUUACAGUUAAUUUGUAUUAAAUUGUCACUUUUUUAAUCAACUCUUUGGAUUAGUUACUUAUAGUUAUUUAAUUAAUUGUUGUAUCUUUUAUAUUUGCAUUUUUAACACAUUCUACCAAGUAGAUCACAGCAAUCAUGGUCUCUGUGAUGGAUGUCACUAUAAGCUUAUUCAUCUUAGCUAAUACAUUUUUCAUUCGAUCGGCUUUAUCGUUAAAACCCGGUGACUGUGAAGUCUGUGUUGGUGUUGUAAAUAAGCUUAUUGAACAGCUUUCCAAUGAUGAAAAAAGUGAUCCAGCUAAAAUUGAAGCCAAGCUGUCAGAAUUUUGUAAAACAACCAAGAAAUCCGAAAAUCGUUUUUGUUACUAUAUUGGAGCUUUGGAGGAAUCUGCCACUAAAAUUGUUUCAGAAUUGAGUAAACCAUUAAGUUGGGGUCUUCCUGCAGAUAAAAUCUGUGAUAAAUUACAUAAAAAAGAUUCACAAAUCUGUGAACUUCGCUAUGAGAAGGUGAUAGAUUUAAACAAUGUUGACUUGAAAAAACUUCGAGUUCGAGAUCUGAAGAAAAUACUAAACGAUUGGGAUGAAACCUGUGAGGGUUGCAUUGAAAAAGCCGAGUUCAUCAAACGAGUGGAACAACUUAAACCUAAAUAUGUAAAACAAGAAUUAUGAUGCUAGCAAUAUUCUAUUCCAUUCUUAUAUGAAAUUAUAAUAAAUUGUAAUUUAACUUAUUGAUUUUAACCAACCAUCCUCACGUUAAAUUGUCCUUUGAGACCCAAUCUUUUACCUGUAGAUCAACCAAUUUGUGUACAAUCAUCGACACAAGUUUCUUCAAUGCAUUAAUAACAAUGUUCAAUGAAGAUUAAAUAACGAUGACCACAAAAGCCGUUGGAUUGCAUGGAGAAGAUUCCAAACUUUUAGUCAAUUCAAAUUUGUUAUAAAAAAAUAAAAGUCCAUUAACCAAAUUA